CGAUGAGUCUCUGAGCAAGACACUGCAUGGGACCUAACCCCUCACCCGUCUCUCGGGAUAAGCGCGUCAGCUAAAAGCGUUAAAUGUAAAUGCGAAAGCCUCUGUGAAGACUCAGAAGAAGGGAUUAAAAUCCGCAACGCUGGAUGUUAAAACUGCAUUAGACCUGAAUCCUCUCCGCCAGCUGCACGCCGCCCGUGACUAGAUUUUCAUGAAAAACUGUACAGAUGAACCAACAUCAGUCCGCUUUGUGUCGAUCGUCUGCAAAUGUCAUUUUCCUUUAAGAUGAUGUAAGACAUUACUUCAUGGGACGAUUUCUCUCUCUCUCUCUCUCUCUCUCUCUCUCUCUCUCUCUCUCUGCAAGAGAACAGCUUGGAGCAACAUUAUCUUAAAGCUUCUGCCGGGCCAAACGUUUCCGCACUCAGCAGUUUGGAGAGAUGGGUGCGCACAGGAGUCCCACUUCCAUCCUCCUCUCUGCGAGCAACCUCGGAGAAUGUUUCAGCAUCCCAGUUGUCAAGAGCGACGCUUAGUAGCAGAAUGAUGGGAUGCAUGCACAUUAUUCAGUUGCUCCUGGACUGAUGUGACUGAACCAGAAGCCAGACGCAAGACCUUUCCACAGAAAACUUAAAACAAAAAACAAAAAAAGGUUUGUUUGACUUUUUUUGAUGGAGGGAAAUUUGAGAGUGACGUGAGGAUUGUAUUUCUUUGAAGUCACAGUAAUGACCCAUUGCAGUGGAUGUGUGUUACAUGAUGCGCUCACUUAGGAUAAUCGAUUCUGUUCAAAAAGCAUGCACCGUGGACAGGCACAUUUACGCAUGGAGUUAAAGGAUAUACUGUAGGCCCACAUUGGGAUUGUUUGUCAUAAGACAUUGUAUGCAAGGACUGCAGCUUGAAUCAACACUAUGCUUUGGGUCUGAGGGCAUUAACACCAUGCAGCUGCAUCCCACACCCUGAACUUCUGGGACGUUUGCGCUCCGUGAUCGAAGCUCAGAUUUCGUGCUGAAAAAAAAAUGGCACUGAGCGAAAACUGCAAAACGCAACCUGCAACGGGGCAAACCCCUCCAUCGGAUGUUAUUGAGCUAAACGUAGGUGGACAGGUGUAUUACACUCGCCAUGCCACCUUGACAAGCUUUCCAAAUUCCUUACUUGGGAAUCUGUUCUCUAACAAGAAGGGGUCCUCAAAUGACUUGUCCCGGGACCUCAGAGGACGUUAUUUUAUUGACAGAGAUGGCUUUUUGUUUCGGUAUGUAUUGGAUUAUCUUAGAGACAAGCAAGUUGUCCUCCCUGACCACUUCCCCGAGAGAGGAAGGUUGAAACGAGAGGCGGAAUACUUCCAGCUGCCAGAUUUGGCCAAACUUUUAUCUUCCGAUGAUUCUAAACUAUUUCCAGACGACUUGUGCUACAGUGAUUUUGAUGAUGAGUCGCAGGGCAGCGACCAGAGGUUUUACCCCCCUUACUCACUGGACAGGAGGUAUGGCUACAUAACGGUCACUUUCAAAAGCGCUUGCGCUGACGGAGGCAGAGAAAGUCAAAUUGAUGUCAAGGCCAAAAAGUUACCGAGGAUCUUCAUCAGCAGUAGAAUUGGCUUGGCGAAAGAGGUAUUUGGAGACGCCCUGAAUGAGAACAGGGACUCGGACAGACCACCGGACCGUUACACCUCCAGGUUUUACCUCAAGUUCAGGCACCUGGAGAGAGCAUUUGACAUGCUGUCAGAGAGCGGCUUUCACAUUGUGGCCUGCAAUUCGUCCCUGACUGCGUCCUCCAUCGCUCAUUACGCGGAUGACAGGGUCUGGUCCAAUUACGCACAGUACAUCUUCUACCGUGGGUCCUCAAGGUGGUUGUCAUCACACUGUGACUGCUGCUGCAAGAGCCACAAAAGUGAGCGUGAAGGAGAGAGCGGCACUUCCUUCAAUGAGCUCUCCACUUCCUGUUCUGAGACCCAGUCGGAGGCCAGUUCCCCUCAAGGAACCGUGAUCUGUGGUCCCGUGAGCCGGCGCGCCAAUGUCCAGACGCUGGACCGUCCCAUGCCCAAAGGACCAGUUCACAUGCUGCAGCAGGCAGAGAUGCGCCGCAAGACUGACAUGCUACGAGUGAGAACCUUCGGGGUCCGAGAACGAGAGGCCGCAAAAAGGAAAGCCAACAAGGAGAAGAUGACUCCAGAGCAGGAGCUGGAGAAAUGCAUCCAGGAGUUCCGGCGCAUCAGAAUUCCUGAUCGCUUUCCGGAGAGGAAGUACAUGUGGCAAUCAGAGCUCCUGAGAAAGUACCGUCUCUAAAUAUGAGUGGGAAGAAGAAGAAAGAGAUGGAAGUAUCAUGUCACCAUCAAUGGAGAGUAUUAACUGCUUAGGCAAUAGACUGCACUCUCUAAGGCACAUACUGUAUUAGAAAAAAACUAUGGCCACUUUCCCGCCAGCAUGACUAGCUGAGCACACAAAGUACAAGGCAGUGUGAGUCAUUGAUUUGUAAAGUAUGCACAGUGUUGUGGAUGAUAUGCACAUGUGUAAAUCAGGUUACUCCUGUUGGGGCUUACAUCACUGACCCUGUUCUCACUUCAGAUAGCAGACAGUGUACUAACUACUAUUAUAUCACUAGUUGAAGCAACAAAGCAACCUCAGGGGCAACAUCAUUUCAAAUCAUCAACCUAUCACAUACUUUAUGUGCAAUUGCCCACAAUAGCGAAUUUUUUAAAAUGGAUGUACCCAUAUGGUGCUGAGAGUUAGCAAUGGAAUAUCACUAUAGCCUACUCCACUGAUAACACAUAUACUUAAACAAGGCUUUGAUAUCGGCACUGCAUGUCAUUUCACCCUUAGCAUAAUUAUGCAAUAUCAAACAAACUUUAAAUUCACUGUUUUGUGUGAUGGGUAAAAAUGGUGUGUUGUGACUGGGGCUAACUUAAAUGAGGAAAGCACUGCCUAGACCUGUUUGCCAUUGUAAAACGUUUUGUCCAAUGUUGUCAUUAUGUGUUGGAUAGAUGAUGUUGUGUAGGAGAUAGAGUAAUGUCAAUGGAUAUUUGACUAAUCCUUGAUUGUAAAUGUGCAAAAAAACUAAUAAAUGGGUUUGAAUUGUA